AUGGUGCUCAGACACGGCGGCAGCGGUGCCGGCGGAUUCCUUGCCGGAAAGCAGGUGGUUCCGAUAAACUAUGAAGCUGAGGUCUCGCAGCGCCUUCUGGAAGCCUCAUAUUCUAACGAUCUCCAGUCGGCCAUCGAAUGCCUCGCGGAUCCGUUGGUGGACGUGAACUAUGUCGGAGCUCUGUGCUUGAAGAUUCCCAAGGCUUUCCUCCUUUUCCGCGAUGAAUCGCCCACCCAAGUGUCUUUCCACUACGCGGACCUCCCUACAGAGGCUACCCCUCUCUUUGUUGCUGCUACCCAUGGAAAUUCGCCUCUCCUGAGGAAAUUGCUGAGCGCAGGAGCUCAUGUGAAUCUACGACUAUUCUGGGGAUUUGCAACUACAGCUGCUGCUAGGGAGGGACACUAUGAGAUCCUGGAGAUCCUACUCAAAGCUGGCGCAUCUCAACCAGCUUGUGAGGAAGCGCUUUUGGAGGUCUGCAGCCAUGGGUAUUCGCAGUUAGUGGAGCUACUGAUGAAAUCUGACCUUAUCAGGCCGCAUGCUGCCAUUCAUGCUCUUGUCACUGCAUGCUGUAGAGGUUUUACGGAGGUGGUGGAUACACUCAUGAAGUGUGGCGUGGAUGCUAAUGCAGCUAGUCGCAUUUUGCUUCAGUCACUUAAGCCUUCUCUCCAUACAAAUGCCGACUGUACUGCGAUUGUGGCUGCUACAGUUUACCGGCAGAUUUCUGUGGUCCACCUACUAAUGAGGGCCGGUGUUAGCACUGAUGUCAAUGUACAACUUGGAGCGUGGUCAUGGGAUAUUGCCACCGGUGAGGAAUUUCGAGUGGGAGCCGGGAUGGCUGAACCUUAUCCACUCACUUGGUGCGCCGUGGAAUAUUUCGAAGCAACCGGAUCUAUUUUGCAGAUUCUUCUUGAGCACACGUCCCUUGAUACUCCUCAUAAUGGAAGGACUCUUCUUCACCAUGCUGUUCUGUGCAACAAUAAUGGGGCUGUGAAAACUCUUGUGAAAUGUGGUGUUGAUCUCGAGACACCAGUGAGAACCAUAAGAAAUAACGAUUUCCGUGCCAUACAUAUGGCCACUCGUCUUGGACUGCCAACGAUUCUCCAAACUUUGAUUGAUUCUGGCUGUGAUCUAAACUCCAGGACUGAAAAUGGCGAGACGGCUCUAAUGAUCUCUGUCAGAAACAAGCGUGAAGAUUGCCUCCAAGUACUGGCAAAGGCAGGUGCCGACUUUGGUUUGGUCAGCAAAAACUGCGAAUCGGUGUGCUCAAUCGCUAGGUCCAAUAGGUGGUACAUUGGUUUUCAAAACGCUCUGCUCAAAGUAAUUCGUGAGGGGACUGUACCCGUGUCCACCAACAGUGAUGUUUUUGCAUCUCUGUUAUUUGUAGCCGAGUCGGGAGAUGUUGUUGGGUUGAAAGCUCUGAUGGGAUCUUCAGACGAUAUCGAGCUUGACGAACAGGAUGGGAGAGGCUUCUCGGCUGUCAUGGUGGCUGCAAAGGAGGGCCAUGUCGACGCUUUCCGGUCGCUCGUUUAUGCCGGGGCCGAUGUGAGGCUGUGCAAUAAAUCGGGAGAGAGUGCAAUGACGCUAAGUAAAAACAGGUUUGCCUUUGAGAAAGUGAUGCUUGAGUUCGCCUUGGAGAAGGGGAACCGAAUCGGGGGAGGAGGUUUUUACGCAUUGCACUGUGCUGCGAGAUGCGGAGAUUUGGACGCGGUCAAGUUGCUGACGAGCAAGGGAUAUGACGUCAAUGCCUCGGAUGGUGAUGGCUACACGCCCUUAAUGCUGGCUGCGAAAGAAGCUAAUGCCGAGAUGUGUCGACUACUAUUAUUAUCUUGUGGGGCCCGCGUGGGGAUGAAGAACGCCAAGGGGGAAUCAGCUCUGUCGCUCGUUAAGGAAACGCUUAACAAGGAGGCGGAGAAUGAGAUACUUAAUGCGCUCGGUCGAGAGACUGUAUUGAGUGGUUCGCAUGUGCAGAAGCAUACCAAAGGAGGGAAAGGAGCUCCACACGGGAAGUUCUUGAAAAUGGUGGGGUCUGAAGGGAUUCUGAGUUGGGGAAAGUCGAGCUGUCGGAAUGUGAUUUGCCAAGAAGCGGAGGUAGGGCCGAGUGAGAGUUUUGUGAGGAACAAGGGAAGGAAAGGUGAUGGGAUGUUUCACGUGAGGACGAGCAAGGACAAGGAAGUGCAUUUUGUGGUUGAUGGGGGGAAGGAGAUGGCUGAGUUGUGGGUGCGGGGAAUAAGGGUUGUGACGGAAGAGGCUAAUCUUGGCAGUCAGCAGAUGUAG